AUGUGGUUAUCAAUAUUCAUCUUGUUCCUGAUCUCUCAAGUUAUGGGUGUUGAGGUCUCCAACAGCACCGGUUCGAGUGUUGAAGUCUCCAACAGUACAAGCAUGAGUAUUGUAGCCUCCAAUAGUACACAUUUAAGUGUUGAGGUCUCCAAUAGUACACACACAAGUAUUGAAGCCCCCAACAGUACACAAGCCACUAAUGUGUCAGAAGUUCAAACCACAGCCCUCCCAGUGCAAUUUACUCCACCAGCACCGAUGGAAUGGCCAGAUAACGACGUGUUCAAAGAUGCGGCCGAGAAAACAAAUGUUUAUUUGAUGAAACUUCUGGAGGAGAGAUCCAAAGAAGUUCAGCAGAGAGUCGCGGAUUACAGUCAAAAAAUCAUGACGCAUUCGCUGCUGCUGUAAGUUUCGAGGCGAAAUAUAUACAUAUAUAUAUACAUUUCUUUAUUCAGUCCUUUUUUAUAAAAUUGAAGUUCACUUAUUUUCAGCAUGAUUAUUCCGAUUUUCAAUACCCUGCUUUUGAUCACUUUGAUCUGUUCAUUUAUCCACGGAAUGAAGCGACGAAAGCGAAUCACUGUUCCUCAAAUGGUCCAUGAAAUCCACGAAGCCUUGAUGGUCAAGAAUCCCCCUGGCCAAACAAAUGAAGAAAAGCCAAAGGAUGAUCAGAAAUCUGCGAUAAAGGAGAACAAAACUAAGUUUGAUCCUACCGAGAUGUUGACUUUGAGGGGAAUGAUUGAGGUGGGUCAAUGCUUAUUUAGAUAAAUUGUUUCUCUGUGGUAUAAAUUCUUAUAUGUUAAUUUACAGACUCGUUACAACCUGAAGACUUGUGUACAAGACCAGCAGAUCUCUCGCGUCUCCCAAACUCAAGGCCCUCCAGCAUUCCCUCCGACUCCAGCGCCUCUGGCAAAGGAUGACACUCAAAGCACGGACCUCGCCAUUAGCUUCUCCACGAUCGAACGGGACCGACCACACAAGAAAAUCAAGGAUGCUGGGAAGAACUCGAUCGUUGGAGCGACUCAAGAAUCUAGUCGAGCGAAAGUCAGCGACAUGAAGAAUCCAACAACAAUGGCAACUGAUGUGAAGGCUACUCAAUACAACACCGUCUUCGGAACUCAAUGCAAAACCGUCUUCGGAACCCAGUACAAAACCAUGCUAGGACCUGGCUAG